UUUUUUUUUUUUUUUUUUUUUUUUUUUUUUUUUUUUUUUUUUCUUGGUUUUCCAGAAGAUAGGAUUUGAAAUCUAAGGAUGUCGGUCGAGUCAAACACGGUGAAGAAUCUUUGAUUGCAGCCCGGCAGAGAAGGGGAUCUAAAUAUCUUUCAGUAGCGUAGUAUAAAGAUUAAAGAGAGACGCCAAUCAAGAAUGGAUAUGGUUCACAAAGAUAUUGAUGUUCUUCUGGGUCAUCUGACGAGCGGUGGUGUGGACCAGGAACUCAAAUCAGAGCUAAUGUAUAUGAGAACAAUUUUGAAGUUUCAACAAUUCGUUUUUUGUGGUUACCUGGGUGAUUCCAUAACUGCAAAAAUAUUAGAAGAACGACUAUUUUACUCCCCAUCAUGCAGAACAAGUAAAGAAUGCAUGGUCAAUUAUGUGGAUAGCUUGGUAUCAUUUAUCAUUCAGAAGGGUAGAUCAAGCAGCUUUCACACAGAUACUUCCAUGGGUGAUGCAUCAAAAUUUUUGGAGUCUCUUUUCAAGAAUCUACAAAGCAUAAAGAAAGCUACUCGCCGUUGCCUUUCUACUUCUACCUUGGUUCCAAUUGAAAUCCUUGAAGAGAAUCUAAGAGUUCUGAUAGAUUCACUUCAUUUCAAAGUUAGCACUGCCCAGCAAGAGUACCUCUUGACCCGAAUUCAAGCCCUGGCUGAGAGUGCAGCUGAUCUUUGUUUCACCUUCUGGGUUAAGAUGAGUGACCAUUUCCUAGAUACAGAUGAGAUUUCUCAUUUGUUAUAUCUCAGGAACAUUUGUAAGGAGAGAGUCCCCCCCUUAGAAAUCAAUACGGCCAGUCAAAUGGUUCUACUUGAUGAUCAAAUUUUAGAUAUAUGUAAAAGGUUAGAGUUGGUAAAAGGUCUUCUCAUGAACUUGCCAAAGCAGUAUCUUAUGCAAGACAAAACUAAAGAUCUUUUGAGACAGAUUGCAGCUCUAACCAGCAAAACAAGGUAUCAUAGCCUUGAGGAAGACAUGGCUGUUAGAGUGAAUGAUGAACUUCAUAUUUUGCUCAAAAACUCCAAAGAGAUUUGUCUUGAUGUUCGCAAUCUGUUGCACUCUGGCUUCCCGUUGACUGAAGACUGUGGCAUGAUUGACUCACUGGUUAUGAGUUUGAAUGGACUGCUGAACUUCAAGGCUGAUUUGGCAAAUAAGCAUGAAAUUGAAAAGUUAAAAACUGUCAUUGAACUGUGGAAGAAAUGUGGUUCUUUUGGCAAACACCGGGAACGGGUAUUUAAAACAGCUUAUGAGGCAGCCUAUAUAAUUGACUCCAUGAAUCUCAACAAUGAUCCUCCUCCAUAUCUUGAGUCAUAUCUUUCUGAUAUCAUAGCGGAGGCUGACAUCAUUUACAAUGAAACUCUUGACAUUGGCUUCCUCAAUGUUGUGAAGUCUUCAAAUCCUUUGUCAUCAGUAGUGAAUACUCCUAUUGGUGACAAUGUGCUCGGAUUCAAGAAAGAAGAAGAAGCAAUAAAAGAACAACUUCUUAGUGGACCAAGUAAGCUAGAUGUAAUCUCAAUUGUUGGUGUAUCUGGGCUUGGUAAGACAACUUUGGCCAACAAGAUUUACAAUGAUCAAAAUGUAAUCAACCACUUCCAUGUUCGUGCGUGGUGUUGUGUUUCUCAAGAAUAUAACAUGACAAAGUUGCUGUGUGAAAUUUAUAGCCAAGUUACAGAAGAUGAACUCACUGAUGAGAUGCAAAGGCUAAUCAAAGAAAAUCGUGAGGCCAAAGUGACAGAAGUUGAUCUGGCUGAAAAGUUUAGUAAGUGUGUCGUGGAUAAAAAGACUCGAAGAAAAGUGACUGAAAGUGAUGUGGCUGAAAAGUUACAAAAAUUCCUCAAAGAAUUGAAAGAAAAAAGGUAUCUCAUUGUGUUAGAUGAUAUUUGGGAAAGUAGGGCUUAUGAGGAGAUAACAAGAUGUUUUCCAACAGUAGAAAAUGGAAGUAGAAUCAUGUUAACUAGUCGGUUUGAUGAAGUAGCUCAUAAACUAAAGCUUCAUAGUGAUCCUCAUAAUCUACCCUUCUUCACUAAAGAAGAACGUUGGGAGCUACUGCAGUGGAAGGUAUUUCGAAAUGAAUGUUGCUAUCCUGAACUAUUGGAAAUUGGGGAGGAGAUAUCUGAAAGUUAUAGAGGAUUACCCCUCUUCAUUGUCAUGGUAGCUGGCCUUCUUACAAGCAUAAAAAAAGAAGAGCGCUUAUGGUCAGAAGUUGCAAAAUCUCUAAGCUCAGUUGCUUCUGAGCAUGAAAUAUUAGGACUGAUCUACGAACAUCUACCAGAUCGUUGGAAGUCAUGCCUUUUAUUUUUUGCGGCAUUUCCUAAGGACCAAGAAAUUGCAGUCUCCAAAUUGGUACAGUUGUGGGCAGCUGAAGGAUUUAUUGAAAAAAUUGAAGGGAAGAGCUUAGAGGAUGUGGCAGAGGAUUACCUAAGUAAUCUACUUAGUGGUGGCCUAAUAACAGUUUCCAAAAGAAGAUAUGAUGGUAGCAUCAUUUCGUGCCGGGUUCAUAACACCAUACAUGAAUUCUGCUUAGAAAAGGCUAAAAAAGAACGUUUCUUGAUGAUAUCAAGUACUAACGAUCAGAUUCCCAUCAGGGGUAUGGCUUGUCAUCGGAUAUGCUUCAAUCAUCAAGACAUUGAGUGUCAUAAUCCCCUUUAUUCACGGAUACAAUGGAGCCCUAGUGUCCGCACAAUUCUUUGCACUUAUAGAAGAAGAGAACCCCACAUUUCAAAGGCAAUUGACUUCUCUCAGAUCUAUCGCAGGUCAAGACUGAUCAGAGUGUUGGACUUGGAGUCGAUCACAGUGGGCAAUACGUUUUUCUCAGUAAUAGAACACCUACCUCAUCUAAGAUUCAUAGCUGCCCAUACUGGAUAUUGUAAUUUUGUUCUACCAUCAUCACUAGGGAAUCCUCAUAAUCUAGAAACUUUCAAGAUCAAAACGGAAAAUCAGUCUGUGGUGCUGCCAAAAGCUAUUUUGAAUAUGGUGAAGUUGAGGCAGUUGGACAUAACUGACUCCUUUCAGUUUGGCAUUGAUAAGGAUGACUCCUGCCUAAAAAAUAUACAAGCUCUUUCCACGGUUCUUCUUCCUAACAAGCAGAGCAUUGAUGCUAUGAUAAUCAGGUUCCCCUAUCUUCGAAGGCUGAAAUGCAUCUAUGUUGGUUCAAAUGAGUCCUCUCCUGAGAGCAAUGAGUUUCUGGAUUUGGAAAAACUCGAUCAGCUUGAAUUCCUCCAUGUGUCUUAUGAUGGUCCACUUGAGAGACGAGACCUCAUUGUGUUUAAGUUCCCUUGGUGUCUUACAAAAUUGAUCCUGAAUGGGUUUUCCCUGCCUGCAUGCGAGAUUUUUAAAUUUGCACUGAUUCCCACAUUGGUUGCACUUAAGUUACAGAAUGUACACUUUAAAGAUCAUCAGUGGGAUGUUGAAGAAUGUGAUUUCCCGCAAUUAAACUAUUUGAAAUUACAGAACUGCUCCAUUGUGUACUGGAGUGCCUUAACUAGUUCUUUUCCCUGCCUUAAGAGAUUAAUUUUACGAAGAUGUAUCAUACUCAAGGAAGUACCUUCUUGCUUUGGGAAUAUUGCUACUCUUGAAGCAGUUGAAGUGUAUAGGUGCAACAGCUCUCUUGAAGAUUCAGUGUUGAAAAUUCAAAGUGAAUCAACCAAUAGAUCAUCUCCACUCGUGAUUAGGAUUCUCAAGUCAGAUGACCUACAAAUAUUUUAUUCUCCUGAUGCCAAAAAGUGCAGUGCUGGUGUUUCUCAGUUGCCUGAAAAUGUUGAUGACAAGACAAAGAAGGCCAUCAUCAGAUUAAAGUUACAUAAUCAGAAGGAGAGAGCCAAGGCCCUUAGAAUUGCUUUUAGCAUGGCAGGGGUGGAAUCUGUUAGCUUGGAGCAAGAUAAGUUAGUGGCAAUCGGGAAUUUUGAUAUUAUUGGGCUUGCGUGUGAGUUGAGGAGACGUUUGUCAUUUGCAGAAACAGUCUCAAUAGAAGAAAUUAAGCGUGCAGGGGUGAAUAAAACAGGUGAUGAAAAGCCAAAGCAGAAAGGAAUUGGCACGGAUACCACAUUACCAAUUGGGUGGUUGAGUUCUGAGGAAAAUGAAAACAAGAAAAGUCAUUCCUGUUCUCCAAGUAGGCCUCCUACGCCAUCAUCCACAUCUUCUGGAAAAUCCUCUUAUCCUCUGUCAACAUCUGAAUCCCAGGUUUCUGGAAUGAAGUUAAAGAGGAUGGCCAUCUUCAGUUUAAAGUUACAUAAUCAGAAGGCGAUAGCCAAGGCCCUUGUAAUUGCUACUUGCGUGGCAGGGGUGGUAUCUGUUGGCUUGGAGGAAGAUAAGCUAGUGGCAAUUGGGGAUUUUGAUCUUUUUGCUCUUGCGAAGCAGUUGAGAAAAGGUUUGUCAUUUGCAGACCUACUCUCAAUAGAAGAAAUUAAGCGUGCAGGGGUAAAUAAAACAGGUGAUGAAAAGCAAAAGCAGAAACGAAUUGGCACGGAUACCACAUUACCUAUGGGGUGGUUGAGUUCUGAGGAAGAUGAAAACAAGAAAAGUCAUUCCUGUUCUCCAAGUAGGCCUCCUAUGCCAUCAUCCACAUCUUCUGGAAAAUCUUCUUAUAUCCUCUGUCAACAUCUGAAUCCCAGGCUUCUGUAGAAUCUUCUUCUCAUUUGUCAUCAUCAGAAUCCCAGGUUUCUGGAAUGAAGUUAAAAGAGGAAGGCCAUCAUCAGAUUAAAGUUACAUAAUCAGAAGGAGAGAGCCUAGGCCCUUAAAAUUGCUUCUGGCGUGAUGGGGGUGGAAUCUGUUUGCUUGGAGCAAGAUAAGCUAGUGGCAAUCGGGCAUUUUGAUAUUAUUGAUCUUGCGAAGCAGUUGACGAUAGGUUCGUCAUUUGCAGGAAUAGUCUCAGUAGAACAAAUUAAGCGUGCAGGGGUGAAUAAAACAGGUGUUGAAAAGCAAAAGCAGAGAGGAAUGGUCAUGCAUGAAAUCUUCCGGUCUUUAAAGUUUGAGAAUAAAGAUUUUUUGAUUUAGUUGCAGCAGUGCGUUGGAGAUUCCUAGGAACAAUUUAAUAGUUAAGUGCUCAAUGACUUCAUCAACAAAGGUUCACCUAAAAUUACUCUUGGAAGAGGAAAUCGGAUCCUGAUCUGAGAACAUCAAGCAUUCCUAUUUUGGUAUCUGAGUGAACCCACUGAUGUCAAGGAGAUCUUAAUAAAUGUUCUUAAUGUUGGUGAACUACGUGACCUCUUGCAUAUGAUUAAUAAGGUCUGUCAUAUUCAUGGACAUAUAAACAUAUAUACCACUGUACCAGGUUGGCCUUUUUUGUCCCGGAGUAAAAGAAUCUGGUUUCUGGAAAUCCGAUGGCAAUGCGGUGCAGAUGCUCAAAUCUCUUGGGACCUGGUUGUUUCCAUUGUUGCAACAAGGAAAAUUUUCAGAGCAAGAGAACUCAUUUUAUUUCUAAAUUCAAAGUGAUUAUCUAUUUUUCUUGAGGUCCCUAAAAGGCUUAAAACACUAAGAUAUUAAGCUGUGGUCAAGAUCGCCUCCACUUAGGUUUAAACCUACCCCUUCCAUAGAGGAGUGCAACUGGGUGCCACUAGACCACAAGGUCUUAGCAGGUUGAAUUUGGUCUUUGGUCUACUGAUCAAUUUCUCAUUCAUCUAUUAGGUAAAGAGUUUGAGUCCUAGAAAUAACCCUUCUGAAAGGAUAGUUAAGGUUGAAUACAUCUUUAGUAUUAAGUUCGAAGAAAAUAUACUUCAAGUUCAAUGUAUGAUACACAAUGAAAACAACAUUAAGGGUGUGUUUGGAAAGAAGGAAAAUAACUUCUGGAAAA